AUGAUGUAUUUUGUGAUCGCAGCGAUGAAAGCUCAAAUUGAAAUUAUUCCAUGCAAGAUCUGUGGAGACAAAUCAUCAGGAAUCCAUUACGGUGUCAUUACAUGUGAAGGCUGCAAGGGCUUUUUCAGGAGAAGUCAGCAAAGCAAUGCCACCUACUCCUGUCCUCGUCAAAAGAACUGUUUGAUUGAUCGAACCAGUAGAAACCGCUGCCAGCACUGUCGAUUACAGAAAUGCCUUGCCGUGGGGAUGUCUCGAGAUGCUGUAAAAUUUGGCCGCAUGUCGAAAAAGCAGAGAGACAGCUUGUACGCAGAAGUACAGAAACACCGGAUGCAGCAGCAGCAGCGAGACCACCAACAGCAGCCUGGAGAAGCCGAGCCGCUGACUCCCACCUAUAACAUCUCGGCCAACGGGCUCACGGAGCUUCACGAUGACCUCAGCAACUACAUCGACGGGCACACCCCCGAGGGCAGCAAGGCAGACUCUGCCGUCAGCAGCUUCUAUCUGGACAUACAGCCUUCCCCGGACCAGUCAGGUCUUGAUAUCAAUGGAAUCAAACCAGAACCCAUAUGUGACUACACACCAGCGUCAGGCUUCUUCCCCUACUGCUCUUUCACCAAUGGAGAGACUUCCCCAACUGUGUCCAUGGCAGAACUAGAACACCUUGCACAGAAUAUAUCUAAAUCACAUCUGGAAACUUGCCAAUACUUGAGAGAAGAGCUCCAGCAGAUAACGUGGCAGACCUUUCUGCAGGAAGAGAUUGAGAAUUAUCAAAACAAGCAGCGGGAGGUGAUGUGGCAAUUGUGUGCCAUCAAAAUUACAGAAGCUAUACAAUACGUGGUGGAGUUUGCCAAACGCAUUGAUGGAUUUAUGGAACUAUGUCAAAACGAUCAAAUUGUGCUUCUCAAAGCAGGUUCUCUAGAGGUGGUAUUUAUCAGAAUGUGCCGUGCCUUUGACUCUCAGAACAAUACCGUGUACUUCGAUGGGAAAUAUGCUAGCCCCGAUGUCUUCAAAUCCUUAGGUUGUGAAGACUUUAUUAGCUUUGUAUUUGAAUUUGGAAAGAGUUUAUGUUCUAUGCACCUGACUGAAGAUGAAAUUGCAUUAUUUUCUGCAUUUGUCCUGAUGUCAGCAGAUCGCUCAUGGCUGCAGGAAAAGGUAAAAAUCGAAAAGCUCCAACAGAAAAUUCAGCUAGCUCUUCAACAUGUCCUACAGAAGAAUCACCGAGAAGAUGGCAUACUAACAAAGCUGAUAUGCAAGGUGUCUACAUUAAGAGCCUUAUGUGGACGGCAUACAGAAAAGCUAAUGGCGUUUAAAGCAAUAUACCCAGACAUUGUGCGACUUCAUUUUCCUCCAUUAUACAAGGAGUUGUUCACUUCAGAAUUUGAGCCAGCCAUGCAGAUUGAUGGGUAA